AUGGACAUUGAACUCGAGUACAGCGGAACUGGUCAGAUGAGUCGCGAACCCAUGGUGGUACUGAAGGGUAACCAGAUUGUGAUUGCCCAUCACGUCAGGGAUCAGGAGCGAAUUCUGCUACCAGACCGACCUGUCAAAAUCAGGGUGGAAACCUACGAGAAUAACUUUGUCCAAAUGAAUGGAGCUCCAGUCACUCGUGAAGAUCUGAUGAUGGUUCUUGCCGACCUCGACGCCCUUCUCAUCCGAGCUACCCACGUCGAUCAGCAGUACUCUAGCAGGUAA